AUGUCGUCUUUCAUCCAGGAGCGUGGCCCCUCCCACACCCUGAUUGGAGGGCCCCUGCCCCAGCAGCAGCUCACCUCUCUGGCCAUCGACCCCUCCGACUUCAGCCUCUACGGCCCCCCCGACCCUGAGGCCUCACCGUGGUCCCCCAGCAGCGACACCUGGUCGGGGACCCUCUUCCUGCCCCCCAUGUACCCCAUGCAGGGCCCCUGGUUCUCGGAUGCCAUACUUCUGUCGGUUCGACCCCCCUACUCGUACUCAGCGCUGAUUGCCAUGGCGAUCCAGAGCGCCCCCCAGCAGCGCCGGACCCUCAGCGAGAUCUACGCCUUCGUCUGCGAGCUUUUCCCGUUCUACAGCCGCAGCAAGGCGGGCUGGCAGAACUCCAUACGACACAACCUGUCCCUCAACGACUGCUUCCGGAAGGUAGAGCGCAGCAGCAGCGAUCCAGGUAAAGGGAACUACUGGACUCUGGAUCCAAACUGUGAGAAGAUGUUCGAUAACGGGAACUUCCGGCGUAAGAGGAAGAGGAAGUCUGACGAGAACCCUUCCUCCUCCUCCUCCUCCUCUUCCUCCUUCUCCUCUGAACCCUGCCCCAAACUUUCCAAGAUGCAUUGCAGCGGCCGCGAUGGCGUCCCUGCUGUGUCAGACGCCCCCCCCCACCUGAGCAGCUUCCUGCAGGAGCAAUCGAUGCCAUCUUACGUCCCCCCGCUCUACCUGCCGGCCUCCCCCCCCGGCGCGGUGGUGCCACAGUGGGAGACAUGCAGCUCCUCCCCCCCCCUCUAUAACUCCUGCAGCUCCCCCCGCCCCCUCUAUGACUCCUCCCCCCCGCUGUACACGGAGCUGCAGGCGUGCAGUUUGCUGCCCGACCUGCAGGAGGUGCAGCAGCUGCUGCAGGCCCAGAGCGAGGCCCUGUUUCCAGGCGGGUUCUCUGACCAACUCCCCCUUUACCCCCCGGGGCUCCAGCCCUGA